AUGGUUUUCGGAAGACGAAGGAAUCCCGAGAGAGACCUUCCCACCGUAGGGGAAACUAAUGGUUUCUUCAACAUUUUUUACUCUGAGAACUAUUGGGUUCUGAAGCGGCAACAUCCCUGGAAGGAAGGCUUGGGAAACAAAGGACUUAUUUGUCUAGUCGACCGGCCACUGAAGCGAUAG